UUCAUGCUCUGAGAGGUUUAAAAAGUCAUCAACUGUAGCCAGUUUUGUACAUAAAGCGCUAUUUUAAGCAUAUUUGUACAAAUUAUAAGUUUCAUUAUGCGUCGUUUAAUUAAAAUAUAAUUUUAAAAUACGCAAGAUUGACUUUUGUACAUACGGCGCAGUUUUUGAAACGCUUUGAACGGUGAGUCGUUGAAGGUGUGACAAGGCUGUGUAUGAUGGUGCGUCACAAUUAACUGCAUUACAUCAUAUGAUACCGAUAUGAUGGUUUGUUCACGGGAUGCUAUUUAUGUGGAUGAUCAGCAGCACCGUGGCAGUUUUGACGUCUGAAGUUAAUCAAAAUGGAAGACUAAAUCGUUUAAUCGAUCUUGCCUAUCUUCGUGCCUUUUCUUAUCUUCUUCCCAGGUCUGUUUAAUUACUUGUGUGACAGGUAUUAAAGCUGAAGUUACUAAUUGAUACCAACUUAAAAUCUCUAAGGAGUGCGUGAGAAAAAGAGAGUGAAGUAGUUGACAUUUGCGUUACUUAACAAUCUAUGGAAAUGAGAGGCGGCGAAAGAAGCAGUAUUCCAUCUUCCCACUCUAUGGGCAGUUUUACACUUGGUAGAAAACUUACCAUCCGGUCAGAACAGAAACACAACGUGCUCAUUUUACAAGUAGUAGCGGAGACAUCAGACUCUAAAACGUACCACGAGGUAUCCGUUUACAAUGGAAUGAGAAUCUUAGACGCAGUUGCGCACGUCGCUUUUCAACACAACAUGGAGAAGUUUUCUUUAUUUGACAACACAACUCAGAAGCCCAUCACAAAUUUGAACCAAAGCGCCGCACAGUACGUCCACUCGACUAUUCUGCUGCGAGAGAAAACGAGAACUGAAUCAUUUAACAAACCGCCGGCGUCCACAGAACAUUCGAGAGGUUUGAAGGAGGACUCAACACCCGAAGGAAGCUCAACGCAGUUUCAAGGUGUUUCAAAAAACGUGUCAUCCAGCUGCUCUAGUAGUGCUUCAAUGUCGCUGGUUCGGUCCCAACUUGAGAAGGAGAAACGGUUUCUCAGCCACCUCGACACACUUUUGGGAGUAUAUUGCCCUAUAUUAGAGCGGAAUUCGGUAUUUUCUGUCGACCAGUUGGAAAUGUUCAGAAGUUGGCUGCUGAAUCUACAGCACUUCGUCAAGCUCAUGGCGCAAAAACUGGAAUAUCUUGCCCAAUCGAGGAGCAGGGAUAGCACCGCAUCCGGGUUGAAUGUGAAUUCUGGAACCCUAAGUCGAAAACUAAACCCCCAAGCUAAUGCUACCUCACCUGUGUCGAAAAAAGUUCCUCUAGUUAAUGGGUUUCCAAGGUCAACGAGUGUGCCCAAUAACCUGGUUAUAACAUCACCCAAACCAUCACCGGAACACAAACGAGACUCACAACAUUCGUCAUCUAAUUCUGGACGUUCGGGCGGCGUUCAAGCUUUUACCAAAAUUGGGUUACAACAGCCAAAUCAUUCGGCACUGCUGUUGGGCGACUGUCUGAACAAGAAUUUGUGGCAUACUCUUUACUCCUACAUAUCAAAUUUCGUAACUUAUCAGAAACUGGUCAACAAAGCUUUACAGUGCAAUACUUCAUUCAGUAGCGAGUGUACAACAGCUAGAGGAUCAUCAAAACACAGUUUACUGUCGCUUAUGUUUACUCCGGUGCAAAAACUGAAGGAAUACAAGGUCUGGCUUGACGAAGAGCGAGGUCAGAUGCCGGAAAAUUCGCCAGAGUUUGAUCGUGUGAAUGAGCAUGCAGAGGUUGUGUCCCGACUGCUGAAUCAUCAUCAGAAAUCGGCUGCGACUGGGAACCACACUGCAAUUGAGGACAAAGACAAUGGCCACCGUAAUUUGAAACCGCGAUCGAUUCCGGUGCAAUCCCAGUCACAACUAGCCCAGGAUCGACAAACAGAACCGCCAAAAGUUGCCCAAAGAGUGAUCAGGAGGCAAUCUAAAAGUGUGAACAUAGAACAUUCUUCUUUGACAAAUGCACCAGGAACCUUGGAGACCGAUUCUCCUCAGGACAAUGUGUUACAAAGUGGCACAGAUACGAAUGAGUUUCAAAGAGUCUCGCGAGUCGUCGGCAGAGACGAGAACCCUCUGAGGAACCCCCAGAGUGCAAGUGCGGCACCUCGUAGGAAUCUGAGAAAGCGCGCGCUUAAUAAAAAGAAUCGACCGAAGAGUCUCUCGGAUUUGAGUGAUAUCACACAUAAUAAAAUGUUGGCUGUUGGGACUCCCGAAAUGGUCGAUGAUCCUGCAGAUUCCCAGUUUUACAGCGGCGGUAGUUACGUAAUGGACGCACCGAUUAAACUUGUCCAUAAGAACACAAUCACAGAUUGCUACCUGUAUUUGUACAAUUACAAAAUGGUCAUCGCAAAAAUCUUAAAUACGCAGGAUGUCGCGGGUGGGGGUGAGAAACUGCUAAAAGUUGAGCACGAAGUCCCUGUCUCUGAUGUUUGGAUAGCAGCUGCUCCCACCUCCUACUCUGGGUCCAAAAAUUUGGUCGAUGACACGACCGAUCUCUCAAUUCUGAUUGGCUGGCCAAUUAUCAACGUCAAAUUCAUUUUCAAAAGCCAAAACUGGAAAGAGGAUUUUCUGGAUAACUUUUUCAAGUGCUACGAAGACGCAAUGCGAAGUGACUUGAAGUUUCUAAGGGUUCCGAAUCACUGGAAUGAAAUGGAUGUCUAUCAGUACCUUCCAUUGAUAGUCCACAAUGAGUUUACCUCUAAACUGGGACCCAGUUCAAACUCUCCUGUGGAUUCGAAUGCUUCUGGCGGCUCUGGCAAUCAAAACCAGAAUAUGACAUAUAGUCCGGUGGUGUCGGAAAUACACGUUGGCAUCUCUACCAGAGUAGACGAAGUGAUUGAUGAUACGUGCCAGUUUUCAAGCCAUGUUCCCUGCUGUGCUUGGGUCAGAUUCGGCAAGAAAGAUUCCGAUUGUUAUCUCUCUUUGCACGGUUUCGAGCGUCUAUAUCCAAUUAUCCGUCACUGCUUUGAACACUAUUCGUCAUAUGCUAAAAGGAAGUCGCACGCAUUCUCACCUUGUCAUCUCUACAUCACCAAAUAUGGAAAACAUCCCACAGAUCACCCGAAAAGUAAAGACAAACCAUCAUCUCGCAAGAUUUCGAUGUCUGCUCUGAUCCCGGGAAGCGUCUCAAUGAGCAAGCGGAAAAACUCUCAUGGACUGCACCUGUAUCAGCCGAAUGACAACAACAACAACUCUGCUUCAGCUGGAGUGGAUGUGGCUGACCUGGGUGUAAAUACUUUAGCAAUAUUUGGAAGACCUCUGACUGAGAUCUGCGUCAAUACGUACCCACCCGUUGCCAUCAGAGAGCUGCUCUAUGCCAUUUACAUCAAGUGUCCGUCUGUACAAGGCGUGUUUAGAACACCCUGUUCCAACUUGAAGAAAUCGGAGUUCAAAGGUCAGCUAGAUUUGGGAGAUCUGCCUGAAGAUUGGCUCUCGGCUGAAUUAGCUCCAUAUCUCCUGUGUGACACUCUGAAGGAUUUCCUGCAGAAUCUUCCUGGAGGUGUAUUCGGUCAUCCGACUAAGGAGUUGCUCAAAGUAUAUGCGAAAGGGUUUCUUUCCCUAAAAGAAACCCUUCUGAACAUCCCAGUGGUGAAUUAUCAACUGCUCAUCCGUGUCAUCUUCGUCCUCUCAGAGGUCAUCAGGGGUCAGAUGGUGCUGGAGACAGAGAGGAGACUUAGUGUGGAGAGUCUCGCCAUCUGCAUUGCGCCCUCCAUGUUCAAAGAUGCCAGUCAGGAGAUGAUUCAUCCGUCGAAGUCGAGUACAAAAAAUCCAGCAGACGUGAAGAAACUACUGACACUGAUCAUUGAAAACGAAGAAGCCCUCUUCUCUGACUUCUGGGGAAUGAUCAAAGAUGAGUUUGACAGAGCGGCCGCUCAGAUUAAAGCCCGACAUGACUCGUUGACAAUUGAUCUUGAAAAUGAAGCAGAAUCACCUCUAUUGGAUGCCGAUACAGAUAUCAACCAAUGUGCAAAUACGUCUCCAAAGCGGUCUUCCUUUAUAGCGAGAAGGAAAAACGCCCAUAGUCUCCCACCCGAGUUCGGGUUGUUGUCCGACAAAAAAGAAACAAUGAUUGGUCAAAUUGGACCUGAUACGUCGGGUAGCAGUAGUAGCACUACUAACCCAGCCACAUCCCCAUCAGGAAGGAGUUUUGACUCUGGUAUUGGGACAACAGCUCAUGAUGUGAUGUACAACGAAAAUACCCCGCCAGUGCAGCUUAAUAACAACAGCGUCAACUAUUCGAGAGGCCGUGAUCCUAACAAAUUUCCUGAAAAUCAAUACAAAUACAGCAACCCGACAGUGAGGCCAAAACUGCCCGCUCGAAAAUCCUCCUUUUUAGACGAGAACAGGCGACGAGAGCUGGAGUCGUUCGCCAAUAUCAAGAGCUCUCAAUUGACAGUCCCGGUUGUCCAAGUGCAAGGCAGCUUUUUGUACAAUUCUUCCGUCGAGAAGCGCAAUAACUCAAGAGCUAUAACCAGAUCAAGGCAUGUAAAUAGCCUACCGCCUCAGAAUCGGGAUUUAGCCCCCAGUCAGCGAAACUCAAAAACCUCGAAAAACCUUUUCCAAGGUAACGCAGUUUUAUAUCAAGUUUUUGAUUCAGAAGAUGAUAAGUCACUUGACUUUGUAUGAUAUAAUGUGACUUUGGAAAUUUAAUAAUUUUUUCAUUUGUAAUUUUAGUUACGUAAAAUCUACCGUUUUGUAGUUCAGAUCAGAUCGAAUAAAUUUUAAAUCAAAA